AUGGGUAGGUGGUUCCACGCGGUUAAGGGCUGCAGUUGUGCGGUAGAUGCUCCUUUUUGCAGAUGCUCCUUAGCAGAGCUGCCUGACUCCACGUGUUUCUUUGAUGUGAAGCUUCCUUCGGGUGUGCCUGUGGCUGACACUGGAAUCCCUGGAGUAGGUCGGUCAAGUUUCAAGGCAGGGAGAGUGGCAGCAAAGGUUAAUGUGACGGCCUACUCGUCGGUGGAGUCUUGCUGGCAUGCUUUGAGAAGAGCAGAUUGGCAGUAUGUGAACCUUUGCGAGGCAGCAGGAGCUGCACCAUGCAUUCAUGUAUUGUAUGUUCUAGAGCUGUAUCUACCGGCUUGGAUUUGCUGGGUGACUCUUGAUUGCUCAAUAUAG